AUGAGUCGUCGUAGUGCAAAACGUCCACGUUUUAGUGUUGGUGGUCAACCUGUAUUUGAAAAUGAAGAUUCAUCAAAUCAUUCUGGUCUGGCUGUAAUCGAUUAUGAUGAUAAUUCAUUAUCACAACAACCUGAAACAUCAACAAAUAGUUUUGACCAACAUCAUUUUCCUCAACAUCAAUUUGUUCCCGAACGAACAAAAACUAUUCAACGAUCAACAAUAAAAUAUACAAAUGAUGAUAAUACAAAUUUAAAUGCAUGUCUUGAUCAUCUUUUACGUUUACUAUCACGUAAAGAUAAAGAAGGUUUUUUUCAAUAUCCUAUUACUGAUCAACUUGCACCUGGUUAUUCACAAAUAAUAACUCGUCCAAUGGAUUUUUUUACAAUAAAAAAAAAAAUUAGCCAAGAUGAAUAUUUAAAUAUUGUUGAAUUUCGUUCAGAUUUUGAACUUAUGUGUGAUAAUGCUAUGAAAUAUAAUCGUCCGGAAACAAUUUAUUGGCAAGCAGCUAAAAAAUUAUUAACAACAGGUAAUAAAUUAAUGAGUAAAGAUAAAUUAUUAAGUUUUCGUCGUACAAUUGAAUGUUUUUCACGUUUAACUGAACGUGAAUUUGGUUUUCAUAUUGAUACAAUAAAUCAUACUAAUGAUGAACAAUUAAUAAAUUCAAAUGAACAAAAUGAUACAACAUUAAAUGAUAAUGAAAAUUUAAUUAAUCAAACAAAUUCACAACGUAAAACAAAAUUAGUUUUUAAAUUACCAAGAUAUUAUGAAAAAUUAUCAGCAUUACUUGUUGAUGAAGAAGAUGAUGAUGAGUUAUCACCUGAAGAAAUACUAUCUCAAGCACAACACGCUGGUCAAUGUGCACGUGAAAAAUUAAGUUUACGUCGUCCUAUAUCAGCAUAUAAACUUUCAUAUCAACGUACAAAUGGUACAACAUCAUUACGUUUUAUAAAUCAAGUUGAUCUAUCUCAACAACAAUCUCAAACACGUACAAUAACGAUUGGUGAAUUAAGUAAUAUGCCGUCAAGUGCUGGUGGUCCAUCAGCUAAUGCAUAUCAUCCACAUCCAAUACCAAUUGUUAAUGAAAGUGAAAAACGUAAUCAUUUAUUACCAAGAUAUUUUCUUGAUUAUGGACCAUUUUCAUCACAUGCACCACAAUAUGAUUCAUCAUUUACGUCUGUAUCAAAAGAUGAACUUGAUUUAUUAAUACAUACAUAUGGAAGUGAAUUUUCGGCACAAUAUGCUGUUUCAUUAAUUGAUUAUGUUAAAGAUACAGGAGAUUUAGCUUUGUCUUAUGUUGAUCGAUUUUUAUCGACAUUAACAAAUGGUAAACAUGACAAUUUAAAUAUAAAACAAGGAAAACAAACGAAUGAUAAUGAUGAAAAAGUUGAAAAGGAUGGCUGGUGCAAAUGGUUUGUGAAAAACUAUAUUUUUAAAUUGUUUGGGUCCAAAUAUCCUGAUGAACAAAAGAAGAUCGAUUGA